GGGGUACCACUUACGGGCUAUAUAUUCUUGUUUCGACACGGGAACAAUAAUAAGAACACAAGAUGGCAGCCUUCCUGCUUCGAUUAGGACGAAUGGGCUCUGUAAAGUGUCUCCAGCUGGAGAGCUGGGGCAUCUUGAGGAGGCCCUCUGCUGCAGCACUUUGCAACCAGGCAAGAGAGCCCAAGAAGCCGGCUAAAAAAGCUAAGGCUGCAAGCAAGACCGUAGAGGCUCCAGAUGAAAGAGCAUCCCUGCUAGCCUACAAGACUGCUGUUGCCUUCCCAGUUAGGCUUUCAACCCCUGGAUUUCCCCCUGUUCAAGCUCUAGGUGAAACAGAGACAACAGCUGCUGCCAUGGAAAGCCAUACAGGGGAAUCUUGCCCUGCUGUAGAUGGGGCUGCAGUGGCUGGCAAAUCAGUGCCACUCUCUUCCGACAGUGCCACUGAAACAGCACCUCCUGUUCCAGAGGAGGCUGUUGUGUCAGAGGCAGCAGCACUAGUCACUGAAUCUGCUGCUGGUGAACCAGUGGAUGUGGAGGCAGCAGCCACAAAGGACCCAGAUGCCAUCUCAAACCCAGACCCUGCUGCAGAUUCCACACAGCCUAUUCUUGACACAGCUCCACCUGUAGCAGAUGGCGUGCCUGAAAUAGUUGAUACAGCACCUCUAGUUCCUGAAUCUGUGGUUGCUGCAAGUGCCAAACCCUCAGCUUCAAGUACAGCCAUAGCUACAGAACCAGCCACAGAUGGAACCUCUUCCUCAUCAUCCAGCGACUCAGAUUCUGACUCAGGUUCUGACUCUGAUUCUGAUAUUGAAGAAAAGGGGGGAGAAACACAGACAGGUGCUCAAAAGGAGACCCAAGCAGAAGAUGUGAAGGAGGAAGUUCCCUCAGAACCAAAGGAAAAGGUUACAUCUGUACCUGAUGCCACUUUUUCUACUUCUGGCGAAGGUGUGCAGGAGGCAAUGUCAGCUGAUGUUACCUCUGAUUCUAAUGUGGAAACAGCCCCCAGGAUGAGCUCUGAGGAGCUGGUAGACUCUGCUUCCAAAAUCUCUGCUGCCACUGAACAGGUUUUGACCGAAGCCGCUCCAGAAGUCAGUGCAGCUACCCAAGACAUAACGACAGGGGCCACGACACCACUCAUCCCUGAAUCCCCAGCAGAAUCUUCAGUCACAGUCACAAUGGAGGCCAAACCUGAGACUACCCCUGUCCUUGAAACUGCCCCUGAAGCUCACAUUGAGGCUAAAGCCCCAGUGGAGGGUUCCAUAGAAAAUGUAGUACCUGCCCUUGCUGAAGCUCAUGCCGAAGCCACCACUGAAACCCCUGCUGAAGCCCCUACUGAAGCUAUUGCUGAAACCCUUGUUAAAGCUUCCCCUGAAGCCACAGCUGAAACUCUUGCUGAAGUCCCAGCUGUAGCAGUUACCCCUGUGGAGAGUGCUGAGGAGCUGGUGGAUCCUGAUCCAGCUGUGGGUGAAGCUGCAGGAGAAGAGCUACAGGCAGAUGCCCAUGCUGAGCCUGAAGCAGUUGAGCCGUCAGAGGAGGCUGCAGCAGCAGCGGCACCCACAGAGCCUGAGGAGCCUUUUGACAUCAGCACUUAUAAGAACAACCAGCACCAUGACUACAACCCAUUCACAUUUGCAGACCUGGAUGUAGAGAUGGCCAAAUUCCGUCUCCCUCAGCCCUCCUCUGGCAAACUCUCACCUCAACACUAGAGAAGAUAGUCUGGACAUCAGAAUUGAACCCCCCCUUCCCACCACCCAUACAGUCUGUCUCUCUGUCUCUGUCUGUCUCUCUCUCUCUCUCUCUCACACACACACACACUCACUACCUUGUCUUUUAGAAUGAUGGUGAGUCGUUAAACCCUCCACCCUCAUUUGCAUGUAAUUCUGCUGUUAUUAAAAUGUUAUAUUAUUAAAAAACACAAA